GUCUCGGAGGUCUCAGGUUGGCGGCGAUGGACACUGGGCGCGGGUGGCCUUGUUUUUUGCUGUCGCCGCCGCUGCCGCCAACGAGCUUCAUCCGGGUCCUGCGUCAGGUCCGGCUGGGCCGGACUUGCCUGUGAGGUGGGAUGGGCUGGCUGUCAGACCAAGUGCCCUGCAGUUGGCAGGAGUAUGGGGCGCAGUGAUGCACGCCCGGGCGCCCAGCAUCCUUCUGCUUGUCGGAGACAUUGCUUCGGACCUUGCGCUGCCUGCGGCUGCGUGCCUGGGCCGGGAGCCCCGUUCCCGGGGUUGGGACUGCGCUGCGUGCCCAGCGGGAGGUACCAAGGACGGAGCCCAAAGGUCGCGUUUUAUCCGUUGGUGCUGAUGACAGCACCGCGGCGGCACCUGCAGAACCUGAAUUAGGUCCGUAAUGCCUCCUGCCUGGCUCUUUCAAGAUGGAGGGGAAACCUGUGGGAGAGCCUACUCAAGUGGUGUCUAAAUUCAAACUUCCCGCCAAGGUGGAGAGCACAGGGCACUGGCUGGAGGAAGAUCACGCUCGGAUAUGGGAAGUUUUAAAGACUGAGGAGAGCUCGAUUCAGGACUGGGGUGAAGAGGUAGAGGAAGGAGCUGUCUACCAUGUCACCCUGAAGCGAGUCCAGAUUCAACAGGCUGCCAAUAAAGGAGCAAGAUGGCUCGGGGUGGAAGGGGACCAGCUCCCUCCAGGACAUACCGUCAGCCAGUAUGAGACCUGUAAGAUCAGAACGAUAAAAGCCGGCACCUUGGAGAAGCUGGUGGAGAACCUGCUGACGGCUUUCGGGGACAAUGACUUCACCUAUAUCAGCAUCUUCCUGUCAACGUACAGAGGCUUUGCCUCCACCAAAGAAGUGUUGGAACUACUGCUGGACAGGUAUGGAAACCUGACAAGCCCAAACUGUGAAGAAGAUGGGAGCCAGAAUUCACCGGAGUCCAGGACAGUGAUCCGGAAUGCAAUCGCCUCUAUCCUGCGGGCCUGGCUUGACCAAUGUGGAGAGGACUUCCGAGAGCCCCCUCACUUCCCUUGCUUACAGAAACUGCUGGACUAUCUCAAACGCAUGAUGCCAGGCUCUGACCCAGAGAGAAGAGCACAGAACCUUCUUGAGCAGUUUCACAAGCAGGAGGUGGAAGCGGACAAUGGGUUUGCCAACACCAUCUCCUGCCGCCUGGAAGAGGAAGAGGAACCGGAGGCCGGAGGGUCUGCAGAAUUCACGUGCUUCUCAGAGGAUCUUGUGGCAGAGCAGCUGACCUAUAUGGAUGCACAACUAUUCAAGAAAGUAGUGCCUCACCACUGCCUGGGCUGCAUUUGGUCUCAAAGGGAUAAGAAGGAAAACAAACAUUUGGCUCCUACGAUCCGCGCUACCAUCUCUCAAUUUAAUGCCCUCACCAAAUGCGUGGUCAGCACCAUCUUGGGGGGCAAAGAACUCAAAACCCAGCAGAGAGCCAGAAUCAUCGAGAAGUGGAUUAACAUUGCUCACGAAUGUAGGAUCCUGAAGAAUUUCUCCUCCUUGAGGGCCAUCGUCUCGGCACUGCAGUCCAAUUCCAUCUACCGGUUAAAAAAGACGUGGGCUGCUGUCCCCAAAGAGCGAAUGCUAAUGUUUGAAGAACUUUCGGAUAUCUUCUCGGACCAUAAUAAUCAUUUGACCAGCCGGGAACUGCUGAUGAAGGAAGGAACCUCCAAGUUUGCCAACCUGGACAGCAGUGUGAAAGAAAACCAGAAGCGGACGCAGCGGCGGCUCCAGCUGCAGAAGGACAUGGGGCUGAUGCAGGGCACUGUGCCCUACCUGGGCACCUUCCUGACCGACCUGACCAUGCUCGACACCGCUCUCCAGGACUACAUCGAGGGUGGGCUGAUCAACUUUGAGAAAAGGAGACGGGAAUUUGAAGUGAUUGCCCAAAUAAAGCUCCUUCAGUCUGCCUGCAACAGCUACUGCAUGACCCCAGACCAGAAAUUCAUCCAGUGGUUCCAGAGGCAGCGGCUGCUGACCGAGGAGGAGAGCUACGCCCUGUCCUGUGAGGUGGAAGCAGCUCCGGACGCCAGCGCCACCUCGCCCAAGCCUCGGAAGAGCAUGGUGAAGAGGCUCAGCCUACUGUUUCUGGGGUCGGACAUUAUCACCAGUAGCACUCCCAGCAAAGAGCAGCCCAAGUCCACGGCCAGCGGGAGCUCUGGCGAAAGCAUGGACUCCGUGAGUGUGUCCUCCUGCGAGUCCAACCACUCCGAGGCCGAGGAGGGCUCCAUCACUCCCUUGGACACACCCGAUGAGCCUCAAAAAAAGCUCUCCGAGUCGUCCUCGUCGUGCUCCUCCAUCCAUUCCAUGGACACAAAUUCCUCAGGGAUGUCGUCCUUAAUCAACCCCCUCUCCUCCCCUCCGACCUGCAACAACAACCCCAAGAUCCACAAGCGCUCCGUCUCCGUGACCUCCAUUACCUCGACUGUGCUGCCUCCCGUUUACAACCAGCAGAACGAAGACACCUGCAUAAUCCGCAUCAGCGUAGAGGACAACAACGGCAACAUGUACAAGAGCAUCAUGCUGACGAGCCAGGAUAAAACUCCCGCCGUGAUCCAGAGGGCGAUGCUGAAGCACAACCUGGACGCGGACCCGGCUGAGGAGUACGAGCUGGUGCAGGUCAUCUCGGAGGACAAAGAACUCGUGAUCCCAGACUCGGCAAACGUCUUCUACGCCAUGAACAGCCAAGUGAACUUUGACUUCAUUUUACGCAAAAAGAACUCCACGGAAGACCCAGUGAAACUGCGGAGCCGGACGAGCUUGACCUUGCCCAGGACAGCUAAACGGGGCUGCUGGAGCAACAGGCACAGCAAAAUCACCCUCUGAAGGGAGGGACCACCGGCCCCUUGCUUGCCCACGGCAGAGAGGGGCUAAGGACAGGCCGUGGUGAGUGCAGCUACCAUCCAGUGUUAGAGGAUCAUUGGUGAAGCCAACAGCUAUUUAUUGAGGACCUGCGGUGUGAUAGGCACCGUGGGGAGAUUGGAGAUGAAUCUGAAAUGAAAAGAAUGGACGAUUCACUGAUCCUCUUUGACCAAUUUGAGACUGAAAUGCAACAUUACCCACAUUUAUAAAUACAUAUGACACAUAUUUGGUAUGUAUGUGUGUAUGUGAGAAUACAUGAGGGACUUAGAGGAUAUUCUGGACUGUGGAGAAACAAAUUUGCACAAUGGCCUGGGGAGUUGAGGUCACUUUUUACAGGGAAAUAGAAGGAACCGAGAACCCGGUUUCCUACCUGCCAAGUAAGUGGAUCCAGUCCCAGGAAUGCGGAGUGUCCUCAUGCCAGUAUUAUGAGGAGCCCACACCAUUUUACAGGGAGAGGAGGGCUUUCCCAAUUAAGUGCCACCGGAAGCGAACAGCUGCAGAGGCUGCGGCACCAUGGGUUCCAUGAGAGGCCUCUUGGGAAAGGGUUUGGAUGAGCCCGUGGCUUCCCCCGCCGGCCUCUGCCUUCACCCCGUCUCCUCGGGCCCAGGGAGGCAGGGAGGCCCAACCGACCCACUAGCCCAGCGUCAAGACACUUCUGGAAUCAACGUGAGCCUGUUUUGAUGUCGUGUUUACCCUUAACUCGCACAUCACAGUCAUCACUGCACAGGUAGCCGUGUUCUUUGGUAACUGGUGGGCCUUUUCCGAUUGCCUUUUGCAUGGAAAGCUCUGUGUCUGGAGCCUUUCGCAUCUGGGUGGUGGCACCUCCACACUAUGUGCAAUUUGUUCCUCAGGUGUAGAAUGUUCUACUGCGUUAGACUCAUUUGAUCAUUUUGAGCCUGUGAAAGAUUUCUAAGCAGCGACUGCGCCGUUAGCAGCCCCUGGGAAGGUGUUCCCUGCUGGCAGCUGUGUCCUGUUCUACGUUUAACUUGUAGCAUUAAGUGCCUCCUCUUGGGGACAGAAGCGGGCUGCGUGUGUCACCUAAAGCAUUUCUAAAGAGGUACAUUCUUCCACAUGGAAUCAAUGAGGUUUUUGUUUUUUGUUUUUUUAGGUCCCCACUCUUGCUAUCACAGCGUUCCUGCUAAGUGACUUUUUUUUUUUUUUUUUUUUUUUGGUCUCUAGUAACACCAUCAACCUCUCCCUUCCAAAUCUGAGCUGUGCUGGGGUUUGAACUAAAAAGCCAUAUUUGAGAUGUUGAUGUGUAAGAAGCACUUUCAGAAUGUUGUCCUUUUCAAAAAAAAAUUCUCAAAAUACCAGAUUUCAUUCCGAAAAUAAAGAGAACGAAACCACACAUGAAGUGUAGAUUGUAGUACGGAGCUUCAUUUUUUUUCCUAAUCCUGUAAGAUGGCUCCCAAAGGUUAUGUGAGAUUUAUGCUACGUAAAUGGCUAUGAAAUAUGCAAGAAACACCAGAAAAAGUGUAGAGACGGGGGCAGUGGACCAAAGAAUGAGCCGGGAAGGCGUCACCAUUCCUCUAGACCAGCGGUUCUCAACCUGUGGGUCGCGACCCCUUUGAGGGGGGGUCGAACGACCCUUUCACAGGGGUUGCCUAAGACCAUCGGAAAACACAUAUAUAAUUACAUAUUGUUUUUGUGAUUAAUCACUAUGAUUUCCUUAUGUUCAAUUUACAACAAUGAAAUUGGGGGUCACCACAACAUGAACUGUAUUAAAGGGUCGCGGCAUUAGGAAGGUUGAGAACCACUGUGCUAGACCUUCCUACGAGACCAGUCCAUGCAUCGCAAGGACCGACCGGGUUCCAGCUGAUCGAAGGCACUUUCUUCUGAUUGCGAGGCUUGUCCCAUCGUGCCCCUGUGCUGGGAGGAGAUGGCCAGGGUGCUGGACAGCAUGGACACUGGAGUCAACGCAGCCUGGAUUUCUUGGUCUGGAGGUCAAAGAGGAAGUAGAGAACUGCUGGCCUCAUUUCGAGUGCAGCUACCGGGACACGUGUGCCCAUGUGCUCGCCCUGUGUAUUUAUACUGUACAUGUAGAGUCUAGAUUUAUAUACUGCAAUGUACAAAUAUAUUUUCCUUUUUUAAAAGACCAUGGAAAUUCCAAGUAGAUAAAACGUAGCCUCAUUUAUUUAAUGCCACUUGAAAUGUCUUAAACUUGUUUCCUGGUGGACAGCCGGGUCAUGCCUUUAGCUGCUCGCAUGCUUGUCUCUCUGCAUCUCCAUCGUCUGUCUGUUUACCUUUUGGUUAAGCUAAUAAACUGGUUGGGACUUGGUUGGCAUGUGCUGCCGGCCCCAGAGG